CCUCACUGUAUAGCACGGAGGCUGUCUGUAUGUCUGUUCGAUGUCAUUCAGCAGAUGAAUCACAUCUCAGCACUGGUUUUGCUUUAGACGGGGUGAGAUCGCUGAAUAUAGCGGUCAUCUAUAGCGCUCUGGAAGCGUCUCUGCAUUGAAUAACGUCCACACGCUACUGUCAUGCUGGAAACAGAUCUCUGUUGUGGACUUGCAAGAUUGGAGGAAUGAUGAAUGAGUAAAAAAACACAGCGACGUGGAUAAUCGACAAAAGCUGAGUAUUAAACCGUCAGCAGUUCUCUUGAAUAAUCUGUCAAUAUCAAGCGUUCGUCUUGGACGGCGCAUAGGAGCACAGAGGGAGAACCCGCGCGAACAUGAGGGAACGGGACUUUAUGCCAAACAUGGAACGGGGCAAACCGGCCACAUACACGGGCGACAAAAAAGCUAAAAUGGCUGCUAAAACCAAUGAAAAGUGGGUGAGACUGGCUACUGUAUUCGCAUAUGUCUUGUCGGUGUCUUUGGCCGCUAUUAUAGUGGCAAUUUAUUACAGUUUGAUAUGGAAACCGACGUCUGCAUCUGUGUCUGGACGGUCAGAUGUAUUGGUGACGGCUGCAAUUAUACCUAUAAACACAAAUAACAUCACAACAAGUGAUGUACCAACUACAAACAAUAUGAAUAAAACACCACCGGUCAGCCUGAGAUCGACACAGACCCCCACAUUUGCCCACUCCACUUCUUCACAGAGACACAGCGGUGAUAACAACGGUCACGAAGGCCUUCUCAAUAUCCCCACAACAAAAACAAAGAAUACUGACCAAACUGGAACAUUUGACUCUGCGCACAUUCACGACAAACUAGGACGUUUCAGUACAGCAGAAGUUAGCCAUGUGUCCGAAACUAGUAUUCUUGUAGCAGGUGCAUCAAGUGAACCUCCUUUGGCCCAUGGAGCCAAAUCUUCUAAUAACCAAAAUGUCUACAGCAGUUUUGGGGUCGGUGCCACUGAGAAUCGGCCGAACAUGUGGGAUUCAGCCUCUCCCAUAACUGACCAAGCAUCUUGGAUAAGCUACAGUGCAAGCCCUGAUGUCUUCUCUUUGAUAGAACAUGGUCUGGAAUUAAUAGAGGGCUCAUCUCCAUUGCAAGAGGAGUUGGUUACCAAGGACACUGAGAAUGCAGCAAGUGGAGUGUGACACCAGAUUAUUUGCGUGGCACGUAAUUAUAUGAUAUUAACUGUGAUGACUGUGCAGUGAGAGAAGAGAAAUAACAACUGCGAAUGUGAGAGAAGUCGUCAAACAGUUUAUAUUAAUUUUGUUGCUAUUUCAAGGACAGAAACUGUGUUGACCUACCUGCUUUGAAAAGGUUGUUGUUACAUUAAAGAGAGCAAUAGUUGGGUUCUGAAAGUAAAAAUCCCAUUCAUUUUCUACAUUGGGGAAUUCAUUUCAACGAUAACAAAAACCUUUAAAGACAGACCUACUGUGAGCUACAAGGUUGUUAAUUGAUGGCACAUGCUUUUAUUGAAGCCAUCAGUCUGCACUAUUUCAAUAAUUGUGUUUAUCAGUGGAAUUCCUGGUGUAAAACUACAUAACCCAUGAUUCUGAAGAGAAAUCACCAAUCGGACAACCGCAACAAACUAAUUUAGCAUCCACUCACUCCUAUGAAGCACAAGUUUUCCCAUCAUUUUUAAUUGAUGCCAUUUGCAAUGCUUCUUUCCCACAU